AAGAAAUGUUUUAAUAAUUAAUAUAUAAUCCGUAAUUAUUGUUUUUUAAACUCACUGUAAAUAUAAGUAACUUUUUAACGAUGUCAGCGAUUAAAAAGAGCGCAAAACAGAAAAUUAAAAAGAUGAGUAAGGCGCAGAUGCAGCUAGCUAUAAUAAAAAAGAAGCAAUGUGACGCGAAAGCUCUUGCAAUAGUCGAGCAGCUUUUAGAACCAAAUGUAAAUACUGAGUGGCUGCUCCAAAAUCUAAGGUUUAUAAGUAAAAGUCACAUGGAAGAUGUCAUAGAAGAGAGAGCGAUAAUAAAGCUAUGCGGAUAUAUUCUCUGUUCAAAACCAUUGACUGUCAUUAUUCGACAACAGUAUCAUAUAUCAACACAUAGAAACAAGGUAUAUGAUAUUAGCAAGCGGAAAAAUUUUUGUAGUUCAUUGUGUUAUGGGGCAGCCAAUUAUCUGCUCGAACAAAUGCUGGAGAGUCCACUAUGGUUGAGAGAAAUAGAUGAUAUACCGACUUUUCAAAUUUUACCCAAGUCUAAACAAUUUAUGCCUGGAGAUGAAGUGAAAAUCGAUGAUAUUAAUCUGUCACAAAAUAUAAAUGCUGACAAUACUGUUGACAGUGAAGAAUCUACAAAACAUAACAUUGACCAGCAAGCAAAGGAGGAUAUAUCGUCAAGUCCUGAGAAAAAAAUAUAUAGCUCUCAUUUAUCGAAUGAUGUAAUUAAUGAUGACAAUGUAAAAGAGAAAGAAAUUCCUGUAAAUAGUAAUUCACAAAAGAUGGGAACAUAUUCAUUAGAUUUGAAUCAAGAGAAAAAAGAUUAUAAUUAUUCUGAAGAAUCUACAGAGUGUAAUAAGAACAACUGUAAUAGUAUUGAAAAAAUAAAUAUAGACUUGCAAAAUUUAGAAAUGAAAGUUGCUGAGCAAUCUGAAAAUAUUCUACACUUGCAUGAAUAUAACAGCAGAGAUGCAGAAAACAAAAAUACACAUGUUUCAAGUACUAGUAAUGAUAGUACAACAUUACAAUCUCAAGUAGAUGAAAUAAUUAAUAAAAACGACUGUAAUGAAAUGUUACAACCCUCGAGUGAAAUAAGUUGUGAUCAAAAAGAUGCAAAUAAAAGGCUACAAUUUCAAUCAGAUAAAAUAAGUAGCAAAACUAAUGAAAAAUUACAGUCUCAGUCAAAUGAAAUAAAUAACAGUGAUAAUAAUGAUAGGAAAAUAAAAGAGCCCCAAUUAGAAAUAUGUAAUAAUGAUACUACAGUAUCUUCUAAAUUUUACAAUGAACAUAGAAAAAAAAGAGAUACAGAUAGAAUUAAAAAAAGUAAAGAGUAUAAACAGAAGAAAUCUGACAAUGUAGGAACACAAGCUAAUAUUUAUCACAAUCUUGUAAUGCAUGUUGAACAAAGUGUCAAAGAAUGGGUUACAGAAAAUACACUUUGCCUUUUAAUGGGUGAAAUGGAUGAGAAACGCCAGUUAUUAGAAAGUUUAACACAGCAUGAUAGAUAUCAACAAUUGUGCAAAAAAUUAAAUAGAUUACAGUUGGAAGAUGAAAAAGAAGAGCGUGCACAUUUAGAGAAAAACGUGCUCAAACCUUUGCCUCACUUCUCUGUACUUCAAGAAGAGGCAAAGAAAAUUGAUGUAAAGGUGCGUGCAUUUUACAAAGGACAAAUGACAAUGACGUCGCCUAAAGAUAACAAAGAGUCAGAAAGUAAAGACGAUGAUAAUUCUGUAUUACCAUUAACUGAUGCUCAUGCUCCCAAUGCACUUCGCCGCCGAAUUUUCUUGGACAAACUUAAUAAAAUAUUACCAGAUUUAAUGCGCGCUUUAACGACCAAUGCGGACACAUCUUCAAUGGCACGAUGUACUUAUGAUCACGAGAGAUAUUCGUUAAUCAAAAUCUUGAUCAGUACUUUUAAUUUAUCUGCUGCAAACAUUAUUUUUAAAACUGCUGAAUGGACACUUGUGGGAUUGAUUAUGAUUAAAAUGUUGAGUUUAAUUGACGAACCAUUGCAAGCAUUGCUUCAAUCUAAACAAGCUUCGAUGUAUACAUCAAUGAUUCUUAUGACUUACAAAUUGGAUUCUAGCUAUUUGGACAGACUCAUAAUGGAAGUAACAAACACUGUAAAUACAUCUGAAUAAAAUAAUAAUAAAUUGAUUGAAAACUGUGCAGAGUA